UGCAAUCCGGACUAUGGAUAUGACAUAGGCUGCUUUGGCUCCACCAACAAAAGUUUCGAGAAAGCCCCGCGACCAAAGGGAAAGCCCACCGGCCCUUUCCAUCGGCAGAUCGAAGGAUUAUCAUUCGAUGUGAUAGAUGACUUGCAAGAGCACAUGGUGCCUCCAGUGGAAAUGAGGGACCUAAAGGUUUCUCAUGCGGGACAAGGAGAAAACGGCUCUCUUCUGGUGAACAUGACCUGGACAUGGCCAGGGAAGCACAUGAACCAUGGAAAUGCGUCGUCAAUCGAUAUCCGAGCGAGCAAAGACUUCAAAAGCCUGGAGGACGACUUCGAGUCCCAAGUGCAGAUCGAUUCAACGAGCUUGGUUCAGGGUGACUUGGAACCGAGGCCGGGAGGAACGACAAACGUUGUGACGAUCUCGCUUUCACGUGAAUGGGCAAAGGAAACACCGAAUUUCACAAUGUGGAGAGUGAAGUUUGCUGCUAGGGUUAACAACAGCUACGGCCUGAUGUCCGGGAUAUCAAACAUAGCGCAGUUGUCCUACGACGAUUGGUCGAAAACUGCAGCUGGCUACCAUGGCAACAAGUACACCCCAAAGGUUCCAGAAGGCCUGCCGGCCAGGCCCACGACAGCUGGGAAAAGCAGCCCGAAAUCCACACAAGGCAACUCCGCCGACGAUGAAAACAAUGACGACAAAUCAUCUGCGUCACUAAUUCCAUGGCUCCUAGCUCUUCUUGCGGCAGCAGUAAUGGUGGGUUCUGCUGCGCUGUGGAUUCUCAAAAGAAGCAAGGUUGGAAGCGAUAUUGGAGUUGGCGAAAAGGGUGUUACAGAAGUGGCUGAGACAACAAGUGCGCCACCGUGAAAGUGUUUGAACACGUUAGGAGUUAAUAAACUUCU